GCCUUGAUUUCUGCAAACGCGCACACGUGCGUGUACGUGCACGCGCAGGCACCGCGCACAGCUCCGCGCUCCUCGCGGCGGGGGCGGGGCCAGGAGGGGGCGGGGCCAGCGGAGCUGCAGCCGUGGCGAUGGCGCGGGCGCUGCGCUGCUUGGAGGCCGCCUUCGCGCUGUACUUCCUCUCGCACAUCCCCAUCACGCUGCUGCUCGACCUGCAGGCGCUGCUGCCCGCCGCCGGGCUGCACCCGCAGCAACUGACAGAGCUGCUGCAGUGGUAUGCCACCAGCUUCCGGGACCCCCUGAUGCUCCACCCCCCGGAGUGGUUCAAGGCGUUCAUAUAUUGCGAAGCCUUCUUGCAGCUGCCGUUCUUUCCCGUCGCAGCGUAUGCCUUCUUGAAAGGUGGCUGCAAGUGGAUAAGGAUUCCUGCAAUUAUAUACUCCACCCAUGUAGCUACGACGUUGUUUCCUAUCCUGGCUCACAUCCUGUUCCAUGAUUUCUCAAUGUCAGAGCACCUGGGUCCUCAGACGCUGCGUGAGCGCCUCGUUCUGUUAUCUAUCUAUGCACCAUACUUGCUGAUACCACUUCUGAUUCUUUUUACCAUGCUGUACAGCCCCCAGUACAAACAGGUGGAGAAAAGGAAAAGGAAGUAGUCUGCUGUAAAAAGUGUAAGCACAACUUUCCUCUUUGUUUUGAUCCAGACCCCAGUCCUCUGGGACAAACACUAAGUGAUGAUGUUGGCUGCAACACCUAUUACCAGAGCAUCAGAUUCCUGCAAGGAAAGUUUGAAUUGGCUUGAGUUCACAGCUCUUCCAUCAGAAAUAGGUUUGGUAGAAGCCUGAAUUGGCAGUUCCAGGUGGUACCUGGGCAUUUGUAGCUUAAGGGACCCAGCAGCUCCCUUCCCACCGCCGAUUUUGUGUGGUACUUUUGUAUUAGGAAAAUGAACUUCCAACCAUUAAAUGCGUAACUGUAUGAUGGAGGCUGGAAACUGCAGCCCAUGCUUUUCCUUCGACUUCCCUUUUUCCAAGAUUACUUCAGGAUGAAAUUUGUCUUCCAACAACUUAUUUUGAAAAAUCCUUAACUGAUUACAUGCACAUUUGCAAAGCUAAUUCUUUUUCUCUGCUACUUUUGAAGCAUUUCAGAUCAUGUAACAAUCCUUACCUUCCUCAUCCUUUUAUCUAAAAUCUCACCUUACUUUCCUCUGCUCCAGUUUUGAUUACUUGCAAAUGCCUGGUCAGUGAUGAAUGUGCCAAAAUCUGGAUUUCUGAAUGCUUUAUUUUAUUUGGCAAUUCCUCCUAGAUUUUUUCAAGUACUUCAGUAGCUGUAAGCAAGAAUUUGUAAACUUCUCUCUUGUAUGGAAAUAAAUAACUAACUGCAUCCAAAUUGCAUUUCAUUUCUGAAGGGAGUAACUAAGAGGAACAUAAUCUGACUAUGAGAGCUUAGAUAAAAAAAAUACUUGCAUUAUACUUUGAAGUCAUAGAAAAUAAAACCAACUACUUGUAGA